AUGGCAUUGCCAGCUGAUCUCAUUUUCAUCAUUCAAGUACUUGUCGCUGUUUCCCCGUCCAGCAUGGCUCUAAAGCAAUGUAAAGUCAAGACUACUUCGAAGCCAGGAUUUUUCCUCGUUGGUUAUGUACUUAAGUCAUUCACAGCUGAAAGACUAGCAUUUUGCUACAGUACUUGUAACACGGAUCCGUCUUGUCAAAGUUUAAAUUAUAACCUCGCUUCAAAAACCUGCAAAUUGAAUUCAGAAUCAAGGAAAAGUAAACCUGACAGUUUUCACGCGAGCAAUGGUUACGUUUACACUGAUAAUCCUGAUCGAGGAAAGAAAGGGUCCUUGCCCACGGUACCAGGCUUUUCAUGUAGAAAUAUUGACGAAAAUGGAGAUCUGGACUCAAGCGGCGUUUAUUGGAUUCGACCUGCAGGGUCUCUUGUUAGUUUCCAAGGAUACUGUGAUAAGUCAGCUGUUGGACGUAAGUUUACCGAUCGAUCAAACAAAUUAAUUAUAAACGGUAACUAGGGGUAAGAUAAACAUAGGCAUACCAGAAAUGCGUGUGGUUUUGGUGAACCUCCCGGGGCUCUGACCCUGAUUAAAGGCUAUUGGACCAGGAUAAAAUACACUCAAGAGUUCCGUGGAAUAGCUUCGUGUUGGAGCAUAUUUGGAGAUAACAGGUAUGGUCGAACUUCAGUUGGAAACAAGUCAACAGGUGUGCAUCCCUUUGAUUCCUCUCAAGGAGAUUCCAUCACAAAUCAAAACUUCAUGGGUGGAGAUUCCCACAUCUUUGAUGGUGAAACAACAAAGUGCAACAAUGUAAACACAAACUUUUGGAAAAACAAUAACCCCAGUGUACGCUAUGCAACGGUGAUUCUCAGGAGAGAACUGAGUGCAGAAAAUGCCGGUAUUUUUACUGGCACAUGGUGUGGCACACCAACCUACAAGAUAAAGGAUAUUUACGUAUACUUUUAA